AUGAAAUCAAUGAAGAAGCUCCUCCUGGCCGUCACAAAUCCAAACAAGUUUCGUGCUUGUGAGUAUCUCAUUCGUUACCAUGAGCGUCGCAAUGACAAAAUCAUUGUCUUUUCAGACAAUGUGUUUGCUCUUAAAUAUUAUGCAAAGAAGAUGAACCGGCCUUAUCUCUAUGGCCCGACAACUCAGGGUGAGCGGAUGCAGAUUUUAAAGAACUUUCAACAUAACCCGAAUGUAAGCCCUUCUUUUGUGGUGCACUGA